GGAUGGAUUUUGGCUGCCAGGAAGGGUCCUGCUCCACCUGCCCUGGCCUCCAGCUGAGCAUCCCAUGGGGCUGGAUGGCAGAUCAGGGGCAGCACUGGUCCCAGCCAGCCCAGACCCUCUCACUGUGGAUGAGCCGAUGGACAAGACAGUUGGCAGAGCCGGAGAGCUCGGGCACACCACGGGUUCAUCUGGCAGAGCCGGGGAGAUUGGGCACACCAUGGGUUCAGCUGGCAGAGCCAGGGAGAUUGGGCACACCACGGGCUCAGCUGGUAGAGCUGGGGAGCUCAGGCAUGCCACUGCCCUCAACCUGCUGCCAGCCGCCGAGGACGGCACCGCGCCGGCAUUGGAGGAAACAACGCUGCUGGUGCAGAGCCACGUCCUGCCAGUGCCCACCACUGCCCCCGCCACUGAUGCAAAACAAACUUUCCAUGUUAAGAAAAAGCCACAUACGUUAAAGCAAGUAAAUACGCCAAGGAAGCAUCUGAGGCCCAAGCCCACCGUGGCAGGACCCCCCGGGGCUGCCCCCCUGACCGUCUCACUGGGCACCGGGCUCCCCACCACUUCCCAAGAGCCGUACACACCAUCAGAAGCAGCAACCGUGGCGUGGGACAUGGAGCAGAACUCCCCUGAGCUGCCCUGGGGAGGUCAGGCCACCACCAGCCAGCCUGUGCUGCAGAUCUCCCCAUCCACGCUGCCACCGGCCGUGCCUCGUCCCUUCCCCGGCACCACGGGCGAAGCUCCCACCGCGGCUCCCACCGACGCCACCGGGAGCUGGAUGAGCGCUGCAGAGAGAGAGGCACAUGGCUCAGUGUCAGAAGAGAGCCAGGAAACCACCACAUCCACCAUCAUCACCACCACUGUCAUAACCACGGAGCCCACCCCGGUCCUCUGCAGCAUGAGCUUCCACGACCCCGAGGGCUACAUCGACUCCACGGACUAUCCCCCGCUGCCCCGGCACAGCUACCUGGAGUGUACCUACAACGUCACCGUCUACACGGGCUACGGCGUCGAGCUGCAGGUGAAGAGCGUGAACCUGUCUGACGGGGAGGUGCUGUCCAUCCGCGGCGUGGACGGCGAUGCUCUCGUGGUGUUGGCCAACCAGACGCUGCUGGUGGAGGGACAGGUCAUCCGCAGCCCCACCAACACCAUCUCCGUCUACUUCCGCACCUUCCAGGACGAGGUGGUGGGGACCUUCCAGCUGCACUACCAGGUGUUUAUGCUGAGCUGCAGCUUUCCUCGGAGGCCUGACUUUGGAGAUGUCACCGUGAUGGAUUUGCACUCGGGUGGAAUUGCACAUUUCCACUGUCACCUGGGCUACGAGCUGCAGGGCCCCCGGGUGCUCACGUGCAUCAACGCAUCGAGGCCGCACUGGAGCAGCCCCGAGCCGAUCUGCUCAGCGCCCUGCGGAGGGACCGUCCACAAUGCCACCAUCGGCCGCGUGCUCUCGCCCAGCUACAGCGGGAACCAGUCCAGCAGCAUGUACUGUGUGUGGGCCAUUGGGGCUCCCCCGGGACAGAAGCUGCACCUGCACUUUGAGAAGCUGCUGCUGACCGAGAAGGACAGGAUGGUGGUGUACAGCGGGGACACCAACCAGUCUGCCGUGCUGUACGACUCGCUGCGUGCCACCAGCGUGCCCUUCGAGGGCGUCAUCAGUGACGGAGCCUCCAUCAGGAUCGACUUCCUGGCAGAGGAGCCCACAGCCGCCACAGCUUUCAACAUACGCUUCGAAGCCUUUGAGCGGGGCCACUGCUACGAGCCCUACAUCCAGAACGGGAACUUCACCACCUCUGACCCCACCUACAACCUGGGCACCACGGUGGAGUUCACGUGUGACCCCGGGCACUCCCUGGAGCAGGGCCCGGCCGUCAUCGAGUGCGUCAACAUGCGGGACCCGUACUGGAACGACACGGAGCCGCUGUGCCGAGCCAUGUGUGGCGGGGAGCUGACGGCCGUGGCGGGGGUGAUCCUGUCCCCCAACUGGCCGGAGCCCUAUGCGGAGGGGGAGGACUGCAUCUGGAGGAUCCACGUCGGAGAGGAGAAGAGGCUCUUCCUGGACAUCCAGCUCCUGAACCUCACCAACAGCGACAUCCUCACCAUUUACGACGGGGACGAGCUCACCGCGCACAUCCUGGGGCAGUACGUGGGCAGCAGCGGCCCUCAGAAGCUCUACUCCUCCAGCCCUGACCUCACCAUCCAGUUCCACUCAGACCCUGCCGGGCUCAUCUUUGGGAAGGGACAAGGAUUCAUCAUGAACUACAUAGAGGUGUCCCGCAACGACUCCUGCUCCGACCUGCCCGAGAUCCAGAACGGCUGGAAGACCACAUCACACACGGAGCUGGUGAGAGGGGCCAAGAUCACCUACCAGUGUGACCCCGGCUACGACAUCGUGGGGAGCGACACCCUCACGUGCCAGUGGGACCUGAGCUGGAGCAGCGACCCCCCCUUCUGCGAAAAGAUCAUGUACUGCACGGACCCAGGGGAGGUGGAGCACUCGACCCGCCUCAUCUCCGACCCGGUGCUGCUGGUGGGCACCACCAUCCAGUACACGUGCAACCCCGGCUUCGUGCUGGAGGGCAGCUCCCUGCUCACCUGCUACAGCCGCGAGACCGGGACGCCCAUCUGGACCUCGCGGCUCCCGCACUGUGUCUCCGAGGAGUCGCUGGCCUGUGACAAUCCAGGACUGCCAGAAAACGGCUACCAAAUCCUCUACAAGCGCCUCUACUUGCCAGGAGAGUCCCUGACCUUCAUGUGCUACGAGGGCUUUGAACUCAUGGGGGAGGUUACCAUCAAGUGCAUCCUGGGGCAGCCGUCCCACUGGAGCGGACCCCUGCCCAUCUGCAAAGUGAAUCAAGACAGCUUUGAACAUGCUCUGGAAGUAGCAGAAGCUGCUGCAGAGACGUCACUUGAGGGGGGAAAUAUGGCCUUAGCCAUAUUCAUCCCAGUGCUGAUCAUCUCCUUGCUGCUGGGAGGAGCAUACAUCUAUCUCACAAGGUGUCGGUACUACUCCAGCCUCCGCCUGCCCCUCAUGUACUCCCACCCCUACAGCCAGAUCACAGUAGAAACCGAGUUUGACAACCCGAUUUAUGAGACAGGGGAAACAAGAGAAUACGAGGUGUCGAUAUAAGGACAGCGGUAAGAGAGUCUCCGGCUGCCAACUUAAUGUGCUCUCAUAGAACUUCCUCAGUAACUAAUCCAGAGACCACGUGGAGUUUGGUUGGACC